AUGUAUUUCAUACAUUUCUACAUCUUAUUAAUAAUUAGUAUUACUUGCUAUGCUGGUCCACUUGAAGAUCUAGCAAGUAUGCCUGAUUUAUCAUUAUUUCAUCAACAAUUACUGCGCCAACAAGAUAUUCAAAUGGUAUUACAAGGUCUUUAUCCUCAACAGCAACCAGGUGGUAUGAAUGAUUUUACAAUAUUUGCACCAAAUAACGAUGCAAUGAUAAAUUUAAAUCGAAAAAAUGAAGAUCUAAAUUUACUUUGGAAAUAUCAUAUUGUAUCUGGACGCUACGAUGAACAAAUGUUAUUUAAUAUGGCACAAGAAAAAUAUAAUCAAGCUAAUCCAAGACAAAUGACUGGUAUUCGACCACAAAAUAAUUUACCAACUAUAGCAUUACCUUUUCAAGUUUUUUAUGGUUAUGGUUUCUAUGGUGGAACAGGUCCGCACGUCAAUGAAACUUUUGACAAUGCUGGAUAUGGUUCAGGUGGAAUAUCUUGGUUAACACAUACAUCAUUGAAUCAAACGAAUGUAUUCGAAAAUAAUAUUCCAAUGAAUCCAUUUAUUCUGGAUAAUUAUGAUCGGAGUGUCAAAUAUGGUGCUGGUCAAGGCAAUACAUUACCGAGAAAUCCAAAUUUAACAAAUUAUUAUGGUAAUAAUUUCAAUCCAAAUCUUAAUAGACAAAAGCGACAAACUCCAAAUAUGAAUUUUAUUCCAAAUCUUCAACAGCAACAACAAAAUUAUGGGCAAUUAGGACCAAAUGGCGGUAUUGGAGUAUUACGUCCGACGAUCAAUAAUGCAUUUGUAUUACAAUCACGUCCAAUGAGUCGUGGUGUGAUCAAUGUAAUUGAUAAUAUUUUAUGGCCACCGGAAAGACGUGAUCAAGCACAGUAUAAAACAGCUUAUGAUGCACUUGAAGAUGCACAAUUUUCUCGUCUUCGUCAACUAGCUGAACGUAGUGAUUAUUUUCGUUCAGAAUUACGUUCAAUUCAUCAUCAAACAUGGUUUCUACCAAAUGAUCAAGCAUUUGCUAGUAUGGGUUCAAGUUUAAGUUAUUUACUUGAUCAAUCUUCUAUGAAUAAUACUAACGAUAUAAAUGAAUUUGUUAAAGCACAUGUUAUACCAUUAGUAUUAUAUCCGAGUGCAAUGGAUUCAACAAAACAAGUAAUAACAUUAAUUGCAAAUCAAUGGAUUACAUUUCGUAAAGUAACACAACCGGAUCAAACAUUUCAAGUUGAUGUUGUGUGUGGUCGAUUUGUAGCACGUAUUUUAAAUUCUCGUUCGGAAGAUAUUCGAUUAUAUGGUAAUGGAAUUGUCUAUCCAAUUUCAACGAUUCUUACAUCUCAAGUUCGAUCAGCUACCGAUGAACUUACACGAAAUUAUCAAUAUUUUAUGAAUCUUGUUCAACAAACAGGAGAUUUAGAAUUAAUUAAUUUAUUACAAGGGACAAUGAAUCAAAAUUUUAAUUCACAAAAUGCACCUAAUAUUACGGUACUUAUACCACAACAGAUGUCAAUACAACAAAUAGGAAGCGCUCAAGAACUAAGUUUGAAUUUACGAAGACAUAUCUUACGGUUUCCAGUAUACAUGGAUCAAAUAACAGGCACAUCAGCAGGAUCAAAUUCAUUUCCUCAACAAAAUAUUUAUCAAACUGGACAACAACAGCAACCUCUCCUACAACCUGGUUUCAAUCAACAACAACAGCAAACCCUCGUACAACCUGGUUUCAAUCAACAACAACAACAACAACAACAACAACAGCAACCAUUUCUACAACCUGGUUUGAAUCAGCAACAAUUUCAAAUACCACAAUUUCAACGAGCUGCUUCAGGAUCAGACAAAAAACAAUCUCGACGUCGUAGACAAUUGAAUACACCAUCGUAUACACCAUCGUAUACAAAUUUUCAAAUACAACAAUUUCCUCAGCAACAACUACCUAAUCAACAAAUAUUACCGAAUCAACAACAACAACGGCAACAAUUUCCUCAGCAACAAUUGCCUAAUUCACAACAGCAACUACAUAAUCAACAAAUAUUACCGAACCAACAACAACAACAACAGUUUCCUCAGCAACAAUUGCCUAAUACACAACAGCAACUACCCAAUCAACAAAAACAAUAUCUUCAACAACAAUUACCUAAUCUACAACAUCAGCUGCCAAAUCAACAAAUUUUACCGAUUCAACAACAACAACAACAACAACAACAAUUUCCUCAGCAACAACUACCUAAUCCACAGCAGCAACUACCAAAUCAACAAAUAUUACCUAUUCAACAACAACAACAACAACAACAACAGAUUGAUCCAAAUUAUUACCAAAUGCCGUCAUCUUCUUCAGCAGUUUUUCAAAAUGGUCAAGUUUAUCCAACCAUGGAUCCGCAAUAUACUGUUCAAGCGCAAGUAUCACCUGGUACAAGAGGAAAUGUUGUAACACUUAUCGGUCGAUCAGCGAAUUCUUUGCCAUUUACAGCAACAAUUCUUAAUAGCGAAUCAAAUAUUCCAAUUAAAAAUGGUGUUAUGCAUGUUAUUCGAGGUCUUGUAUCUGGAACAGUCAUACCAAUUGAUGGAGUUCUUCUAGCAGUACAAGGAGCAAACGCAUUUACUCAAUUACUUCAACAAACACGUGUUAUUGAACAAUUAAAACAAACUGGUCGUUCUUAUACAUUAUUUAUUCCAACAAAUGCAGCAUUACAAUCAAUGGGUGUAACAACAGAUAUUAAUCGUUUAAGACAAUUUGUUCUACGUCAUAUAUGUGCUGAUGUUAUUCUUGAUCCACAUAAUAAUAUAGUACGUCGUUCAGCUGGUUUUUAUAGUCGUAAUCAAAAUUCUUUACAAAAACGUCCUCGUCAAAAACGACAGGGUUGGAUGAAUAAUCAACCAAAUCAAACAAACCGACAAGGUUUUCAAUCACCAGAUCUUGGUCCAGGUUAUUUUCAACCACAACAACAAGCUUAUGGAGGAUAUCCAGCUGCUUCAACACCCUAUGGUUCGAACAAUCAAUUGUAUAAUCCAAGUAAUGUUAUGAAUGGUUAUGCAUCACCCAAUUCACAAUAUUUUCCCAAUAAUAAUGGAACUAAUUUCGGUAAUCAGAAUAACAAUUUUAAUAAUAUCGGAAUUCCACCAAAUCAACCAAUGCCGAAUACCUUCUGGAAUAGAACAAUGAAUACACCAUAUAAUCGACAAGGUAUGGCUGGACCAAAUGAUGGAGCACACAAUUAUUAUACAGCUUCAGGUGGUUAUCUUGGUGGAUCAAAUUCUAAUAGUGGACAACAAUCUUGUAAAGCAAUGACUGGUGAACGUAUUACUGUUCAAUCAUUGGGUGGUACACAAUCAGAAGGUAAUACUCCAAGUAUGUCGUAUCAAAAUUUCAUGGUAACAUGUUGUGGCGAUCAAUCAGUCAAUUCAAUGGUUCAAUCAUUUAAUAUCUAUCCACC